AAUCUUAUUACUAUUUGCCUAAGCCUUAUACUUAGCCCUCUGCUAUCUAACGCAUUUAAUUCUAGAUCUUUAUAUAUACUUAAGCAUAUAUAUAAAAGCUCCGACCGGUAUAGUAUCCUAAAUUACUUAUACGUAAUUAUUAAUGUAUAUAACUUAGCAGUUACGUAUAUUACAGCGGGUAAGAACGCUAAGGCAAACGGGAGGUACAUUAUAUCUUACGUAAAGUCAACGAGUAUGCUCGCUAUAGCUAAGCUAGUGUACCCGUUUUACAAGCAGGUAAGGCUAUUGCCGGCGAGAGCGAUGCCUAAGUUACUUAUCUAUUUAGCGGCACCGUUCCUAAACGUGUCUAAGCGAUGGGCGGAUAGAAACCUGGGUAUUAACUUUAAUUUAGACAAUAAGAGAAGUAAAGAGGAGUUGUAUAUUGUGUACCGGCCGUUGGAGGACACAUUUAGAGACUAUUACUUAUCUUACCUUGCUCGGCAAGAUGUACACUAA